AAGACCCUGUCCUACAUUUGUCAAACUGGCACUGCCCCUCCUUCUUCUCAAUUUCCUCUUUCGCCUAAAUUCUCUCCUCUCUCUUUCUUCUGCUGACCAGGAGCAGGCAAGAGAGAAAGAAACAUGGUUGUUUCAGUGACGGGCAUGGAUUCACUCGGCGACAGAGCGGCAAAGAUGAGAGAGGCUCUUCAAAAGAGCCAAACUAUUACUGAUAACGUUGUCUCCAUUCUUGGGUCCUUUGACAGCCGCCUUUCCGCUCUCGAGACUGCUAUGCGUCCCACUCAGAUAAGAACACAUUCUAUAAGGAAAGCUCACGAGAAUAUUGACAGGACUUUAAAGGCUGCGGAGGUUAUAUUGGCGCAAUUUGAUAUUUCUCGGCAGGCAGAGGCUAAAAUACUUAGGGGACCUCAUGAGGACUUGGAAAGUUAUCUAGCAGCAAUUGAUCAACUAAGAAGCAACAUUCGUUUUUUCAGCAGCAACAAAAGCUAUAAGAGCAGUGAGGCAGUGCUCAAUAAUGCAAAUAAUUUACUUGCUAAAGCUAUUUUGAAGCUAGAAGAGGAGUUUAAGCAGCUGUUAUCAUCUUACAGCAAGCCCGUGGAGCCUGAUCGCCUUUUUGAAUGCCUCCCUGAGUCCAUGCAACCAUCUACAGGAUCACCUGCAAACCAUGAUGGUGGCAAAAUUCAUUCCGCUAAUAAUCAUUCUGAGCUGCAAAAUUCUGAAACUGUGGGUUUUAAACAUCUUACUCUCAUACCUCCAAGGAUUCUACCUUUGUUGCAUGAUUUAGCCCAACAAAUGGUUCAAGCUGGGCACCAGCAGCAGUUACUUCAAAUUUAUGGGGAUACCCGAUCUUCAGUUUUGGAAGAAAGCCUUCACAAGUUGGGGGUUGAAAAACUAAGCAAAGAGGAUGUGCAAAAGAUGCAAUGGGAGGUGUUAGAGGCAAAGAUUGGAAAUUGGAUUCAUUUUAUGCGCAUUGCUGUCAAAGUCCUUUUUGCUGGAGAAAGAAGAGUUUGUGAUCAAAUAUUUGAUGGGUUUGAUACACUGCAUGAUCAGUGUUUUGCUGGAUGUACCACUAGCAGUGUCUCAAUGCUUCUUAGUUUUGGCGAUGCAAUUGCCAGAAGCAAGAGAUCGCCAGAAAAGUUAUUUGUACUUCUAGACAUGUAUGAGAUUAUGCGAGAACUUCACUCAGAGAUUGAGGCAGUUUUCAACGGUAAAGCUUGCACUGAAAUUAGGGAAUCUACAUUUGGUUUGACUAAACGGCUCGCACAAACUGCUCAAGAAACAUUUGGUGAUUUUGAAGAAGCAGUUGAAAAAGAUGCAACAAAAACUGCUGUAUUGGAUGGAACUGUUCAUCCUUUGACAAGCUAUGUGAUUAACUAUGUGAAGUUUCUCUUUGACUACCAAUCAACCUUGGAACAACUCUUCCAAGAAUUUGAAAGCGGAGCUGAAUCAAAUUCGCAAUUAGCUUCUGUGACAAUGCGAAUAAUGCAGGCUCUUCAAACUAAUCUUGAUGGGAAAUCUAAGCAGUAUAAAGAUCCAGCUUUGACGUACUUGUUUCUUAUGAACAAUAUUCACUACAUGGUCAGAUCUGUGCGCAGAUCUGAAGCCAAGGACUUGUUAGGGGAUGAUUGGGUCCAAAGACACAGAAGGAUUGUGCAGCAAUAUGCAAAUCAGUACAAAAGGAAUGCUUGGGCAAAGAUUCUUCAAUGUCUCUCUGCACAAGGCCUAACCUCUUCUGGGGGUGGUAGUCAAGUACCUGGUGAGGGAGGAAGUGGAAGUGGAGCUUCAAGAGGAUUGGUUAAAGACAGGUUCAAGACUUUCAAUAUGCAAUUUGAGGAGCUUCACCAGAAACAAUCUCAGUGGACUGUUCCUGACACUGAGUUGCGAGAGUCACUAAGGCUUGCAGUUGCUGAAGUCUUGUUACCUGCCUACAGAUCUUUUGUGAAACGUUUUGGGCUUCUAGUUGAGAACGGGAAGAACCCCCAGAAGUACAUUAAGUAUUCGGCAGAAGAUCUGGAAAGGAUGUUAGGUGAAUUUUUCGAGGGGAAGACCUUAAAUGAACCGAGGCGAUAGAUUUGAUCUCUAAUGAAGGAUAGUGCAAUAGUUGACUUUGUUCUGAACCAUUGCAUCACUCCGUCUGGUAAGUUAAAACUGGUUCGGUUCCUUCACUCGAGGUGGCAUUCCCGUUAUAAGGUGGCAGUGGGUGAUGGCAACUGUGGUGUUAUGGUGACUUGUCAAUCGGUACUAGCCGUUGAUUGUAAAGGCUCUGCGAUGUGUAUGCUUAAAAGAAAAAAAAAUUGGUUUGUCUUAUUGUCUGUUUUUUUCCUAGGUAGUUUGAGAAGAAAAAUAAGGCAGCUAUCUUGACCAUAGUUUGCCAGUGGUGGUGCUAUGUGUAUGUUUUUGUAAUCUAAACUAUUUUUCUUCCAUUCUAUAGACAAUAUGGACUUUUUCUUCUGUA